UCUAGUCAGCUUCUAGCGGUUCCGGUGCUCGGUUUCUCGGGGUAACGCGCUGAGGACACACCGUGACGCUGUGUCCUCCUGCUGUGUGGUGUGAAGUGUUCCCCGGGCCCCUCACGCCCAUCCGCCCCCCUCACGCGCACCACUUUUCAGAGCUGUACGUCUAGGGGCAUCAAGAGAACUAGUAAGUGAGUGAGUGAGUGCGCGCAUUCGAGUGAAGUGAUGGCGUUAAGCAAACCGUUCUAGUGAACCAUUCCCGGUGCAGUGCAUUUCUUUCAAAACGAUCUCAAGGUUAAUCCUUGUACGAUGUACCGUGUGCGAAGCCCUCAACGGUAAGGGAACAUGAAACAUGGCACGACGGCCAAGGCAAGUGCUGACCGAUUGCUUCCGAUAGUGGAAACCAUGCAGCAGACGAACGAAGCCAGAAGGUGAAGGCACGGAACCGAAUUAAGUGUUGAAAGUGGAAACUUGCCAGGUGUGCCCAGGGGUCCCGAGCGAGCAGACCGGAAGGGGGAAGGCAUUCGAUUGGAUAGUGUUCUACGUGUUCUGCGCAAUUCAAUUCUCCCCAUUUGCGCGGUCAUGACCGUGUGUGUGUGUGUCUUUGUGCGUUUGCUAGUGUAAAGAAGGUUCUUGCGCAAAGGUUUCGCUGAGACCCAUAUUGCAACCGGUGUAGACGUGGCAACAAAAGCAGCAGCAGCAGCAGCAGCAGCAGCAAAGAGACACGGGGAGAACUCCGAGCGCUCCGUUGCGCCGCUCUCGGAUGAGCAGCUAAUCCGGGGAUUAUGGCCGAUCUGCAGGCAACCGUCGAGUUCGCGGUCGAGUUGCACAAGUUCUACAAUGUGGAUCUGUUUCAGCGCGGGUUAUACCAAGUGCGAUGCUCACUGCGCGUAUCACCGAGACUUCCGGUGCAGGUCGAGACGUGUCUACCGGAUGCGGCCACCACCGGCAUACCGUCGGUACAGUCGGUGCUCAACAGUGCGAAUGGUAACAGCAGCAACAACAGCAACCACAACAACAACAACAACAACAACAACAACAACAACAGUAGUGCCGGUCCUGCCAGUAGCGCCGGUGCAACGAACGGUGGCAGCGUCGGUAGCGUCGGCGGUGGUUCCAGUGUGGCCACCACCAUUACCAGUGGCAACGGUACGGGCGGAACAGGGGCGAGCGGCCGCGAGUCACUGCCGAGCAUAGGCAGCGGCGGUACUGGCACCUCGAUCGGUAGUGCUGGUGGUGGUGCGGCCGGUUGCAUUUCCGGUACGAGCACGACGAGUACGACCAACGGGCAUGGCGCACCGUCGAGUGCGGGCUCGAGCCAGACGACGGCGGGCGCCAGACCGGCGGAUGUGGGUUCGUCUUCGGUGGGCGGAAAUGUCCUGAGCGGAUCGUCACUGUCGUCGAUGCCGAGCAGCGCCAACACACCGAACUCGCUGGCCACCACUAACUCCUCGUCCGGUAUGGGAGCCUCGUUCGGUUCGGUCAACGGUGCCGCGGGAAGCAGUAGCGGUGGUGGUGGUGGUAUCGGUGGCGCUGGUGGAGGAGAAGGAGGAGGCAGCAGCGGCAACUCACCGACCGCCAGCUCGGACAGCCGGUCCGGGGCGACCAUCAUCGACGAUGCCGGCGCCUCGCGUGUCUUUCAGAUACUCUAUCGCAACGAGGAAGUGUCACUGCGCGACAUUAUCAUGUUCCGGGCGCACCUUCUCGUGGAUAGCCGACACCUGAAGGAAUCGAUCGAACGGGCCGAGUUCUCGCUGAACCUGGAGCUAUGGUUCGGUGAGCAGACGAACGGCAACGUACUGACGCUCGCCUCGACCCGCACCCUGCAGCUGAACUUUCAUCCGGGCCGGGGCCUACACUACCAUCUGCCGGUACUGUUCGAUUACUUCCAUCUGGCCGCGGUAAGCGUCGGGAUUCAUGCCAGCCUGGUCGCUCUGCAUCAACCGUACAUCAACGCACCCAAGUCGACGAAACCGUGGAUGGGCGGCUCGAAGCUGAACUGCCGCGGUGGCAACUCGCCCGGUCCCCUCGAGGCCAUCUUCUUCGGUCCCCAGGUGGGCAGCGGGGCGAAGUGUGGCGGUGGAUCGGCCGGCCGGCUCGUGCACGCCCGGAACGUCCACAAGGAUAUCUGUGCCUUGCUGCUCGGGGCGCUCGAGUCGCUCCGGCUGUCACUGCAGGAGUUCUGCACCGUGCUGCCCCACCAGUGGUCCGCCCUUACCGGUUCCACACCCCUCUCCAACCUCGACACCGAGCAAAGACUGAGCAAGCUGUCCGAUUCGGCCAAGCUACUGGACACGGAGGAUGAUCUGGCGGCCCGGGCCAACUCGGACAUUGCGCAGCUGUGCGCCGAGUGUAUCCUGUACUGGCGCCGUGUCCUUUCGGCCGCCACGCAACCGGCCGUUCACGGGCUGCUGGCCAAGAAGCACCACACGCUGCGUGUCCGCCGCUUCGCCGAGGGCUUCUUCGUGAUCGACAAUCCGCGUCAUCUGGCGAGCGGUUGCUAUGAUUCCAACUACCAGAACUACGUGUCGAUCUGUGAGAGUGCCAGACGGUCGCGGUACCUUUCCUCGUUGCCACCACUCCCGGUCCACUGUACACCGCUCGAUGGCGAUGCUAACUCGUUGCCACUCAUCUUCGAGGAUCGCUACACGGAUGCGCACGAGUACGGGAAGCGACGAUCGGGUAGUGAGCCUCAUCUGAAUGGGACACGGGAUGUCGGUGCAUCCGGUACAACCAUUACGGCCAGCACCGGUAACAUGUUAACGACGUUGCUGAAACCAGGUGGCAAUGGUAGCCUCAUUCCCAAUCACUCGGGUAAGCAACAGCAGCAGCAGCAGCAUCCUCACCCUCAUCAUCACCAUCAUCAUCAUCCGAACAAGAUCGCUCCGAUGAUGAGCAUUGGCGGUGGUAAUGGCGGAAAGGAAUGUUCGUGCGGCAUCGGACCGUGCUACGGUAUCGAUCCGAUACCGAAGCUGUGUGGUAGCUACCUGGGUAUCAUGACACCACGGUACGCGCUCGGUGGAGACAUCCUGCAGGCCAGUCUCACCAUUACACCGGCGGCCGCCGCCUCACAGAAUGGGCUUGGUCUGAAGACACUGUCACGCCAUUCGGUUACCACGCUACUCGGUGGUGCUGAUCAGCAAACACCGCAGCCCGGCUGUCAUGGUGGUUGGGAUCAAACGUUCAAGGGCGUUUAUACGGCCGGUCCGGUGCAUGGUACACUGCCGACGCGCCACAGCAAGUCGCUCGAUCAGCUCGAGCUACAUCCAACGGCUUCAUUGCCACGUCAGCACUUUCACGGCAACAAUGGCUACCAGCAGGGACACUACGCGGCACAGGCUAGCUCAAAUUCUGGCCACCACCAGCAGCAGCAGCAGCAGCAACCACCACCGAGACAGUCCAGCGUCGGUCUGUACCAGCAGCAACUGCCACAACAGCAACAACAUCAGCAGUUCUCUGUCGGUGGUGGUGUUACCCUGCUACAGACACUGCCCAAGUCAAAGCCCAAGAAUCCGGUGCAGGCGGAGGAUUUGCUGCGGAACAUUAACGAAUUCCGGGAGAAGUACAAGAACCCGGGCGAUCCCCGGAAGCUGCUGCACGGUGGUGCGACCGCGAUCCACAAUCCAACCUACGAUCUGCAGCAGGAUGUAGCCCUUUCGGGGUUGUUGAAUGGAUACGGUCAACCGGCUAGUCGUACUACCGGCCACGGUGACUACCGGCAUGAGCUGAAGUCGCAGGGAGCACCACGGUCAUCGGGUUCCCAUCAUAACCAUACAAUUGAGGGACCGAUGGAUGGUGCAAGUCAAGGAUUAGGGGCUGCUUCUGGAGCAGCCGGUAGCUACUACAAUUCGUUACCGAAGGGUGCCGGACUUGGUGGCAGUAAUGGUAUCGCACCACGCAGUUCCUUCCCUCCUGUACGCAGCAAACCUAAAUCCUCUCAGCAGCAACAGCAACAACAGCAAAAACAGCAACAAUCCAGUUCCUGUUCCCUUCCGACCAAAUCCAGCUCGAACACGAUCCCACGGAGUAACUCAUCGCAGCAGCUACGGAACGCGACGCAACACAAUGGUGACCGUCGUGAGACCGGUGGUCACUCCGGUGUCAACUCGGCGACGUUACCGCACCGUUCGGUCGAAUUCUCGCGUAUCCGCGUGACGGACUUCCGUCAGAUGGUCACGAUAGCGAACGGAUCCGGACCGAUACCGGGCGCUACCGGGCACUCGAGCAGCUCGGACAGUCCCACCGAGGUAACGCCCCGGACACGCAACAAGCAGCAGCGCCGUCUGCUGUCCUCUGCCAGCGUUCCCUUUCAGCUCGAGAACCUCGAGCUCGUAGAACCGGUUCGUGGUCCGGUCGGUGGUUCGGUUGUGAUCCCCGGUACGGGUGGGGCCGUUGGUGGAUUCAGUGAAUCGCUCCCGAACCUAGCACCACCACCGGCUGCCUUCGCCAGUAACUCACCGCCCACGGCAGCCAGCUUCCGGUUGAGGCGACGACACUCGAGCAGCGAGUCCACGUCCUCCUUGAGUGAACAGUCAGGUUGGGUGUCGAGCCGACGCAGCUCGGGACCUUCAAGUCCCGAUACGCUCCGGAAUGCCGAUCAGCAGCAACGCAUCGUGAACGGGGAACAGCUACGAAAGAAGCUGCUAAAGCUACUGAACGAGCAACCACGGUUCAUGGCCACCGGGAGUGGUGGAGGUGGUAGUGGUGGACAACGCAAGAACAGUACGGCUUCAUCGACGGCCGAGUUUUUCGCUCGCAGUAACCAAAGCUCGAUGAAAUCGAAACCAAGUGCGGCUGCUAGUUCCGGCGCCGCACCCUCCGAUAUGUUCCGCGGCUCGGUACAAACAGAGAACUGGCGCAAUCUGGAGAAGGAUUGGAAUGAUACGCGAGACAUUCUUGACGUUACCGGUGGCAUCAACACGGCCGACAUACGGCCACCGAGGCGCACGAAUAAGAAGGAAAAGUCCAAAUCGGACUUCGACCUGGCACACAUCUCGGACUACGUGUUUGACGAUCUGCGGCUAUUGCCACCUCAGCAGUUUCGCGAUGUGCCACCACCACCGGACGAGUUCCGGGAUCCACCGUCCUUCAUCGAGGAUCUGGGACCUUUGAGGGGUGGCAAGAUGAAGGCAGCACUCACCCUAGCACCGCUUAGCAUUCCUCCACCGGAUCAGCACCGUUCCGUGCAGGCUCAGCAGAUGAAAGGAAAGGAGGAGCAACCAUCGCAGCAACCAUCGCAGCAGCAACAGCAGCAACAGCAGCAGCAGCAGUUACGUCAGCAGGUCCAGUACUAUGCCACACUGCCGAAGAGCAAUCCCACACCAACCGUGGUCCAACAGACGCCGCUAUCGGUUGUGUUUCAACCGCAGAUCAUAACAGCUCCUCAGUUGCUGCCACAUCAGCAGCAGCCGCAGCCUCAGCAGCAACAACAGCAUCACUAUGCCACUCCGCAUCAUUACAGCAAACCACAGCACAAUGGCCACGGUCUGCCGAUGGUUAACAGUACCGGGAAGAAGUGUGAGGUACAGGCCAUCGAUAAUCCGCUCUACCACAUCUACGAGGUCGUAAAGACCCCGCGGCCCAUUAUGAAGUCCCAGAGCUCCAACGAGCUGGCCGCCAUCGCCAAGUGCGCCGAGACGCUCAACAACGCGAACGUUACAGCGAACUACAAUGCUCCAACUGCCAGCAGCAACGGUAACAUCGUGCAGCAGCAGCAACAGCAGCAACAGCAACACUACGGGCCAAUUGGUCCAUCCGUGGCUGCACCGUCGACGAUACCUGCGCAAAGUGUCACCGUACAAGCGACGGCCAUCGAACGGAAAUCCUCGGUACGGGAGCAGAUGCAGGCUGCUGAGUCAGUACCGAUCGCUGCACCAGUUCGUCGUUCCAGUAAACCGACCACCGACGGUGCAGUGGAUCAUCCGGCCGAAGAUGCGGUGGAUGAAGAGGAAGACGAGGAAACAGAAGACCCAACCCGGAAGCGUGUCGAUCCACCGAUGCAGCUGCUAGAGUUCGAAAAGUGUCGCGAGGAGUUCCGCAAACAGAUCAACUACUCCGGUUCGAUCUAUUCCGACUUCCAGAAGCUGGCCUCCGAUAUGCCGUACUUUCAUAUUGCGGACGAGUUCCGGGCGUUCUCGCCGGCCGGCCUCCAUCUGGUGAUCUGUGUGCAUGGGUUGGAUGGAAACUCGGCCGAUCUGCGGCUAGUGAGGACGUACCUCGAGCUUGGACUGCCCGGGGCGCACCUGGAGUUUCUGAUGUCCGAGCGGAACCAGGGCGAUACGUUCUCGGACUUUGAGACGAUGACGGAUCGGCUGGUGGCCGAAGUGCUGUACCACAUCGAAACAUAUCAGCUCAAUCCGAGCCGCAUCUCCUUCGUGGCCCACUCGCUCGGUACGAUCAUCGUACGAUCGGCCCUCGCCAGACCGCAGAUGCGUCCACUCCUGUCCCGGCUGCACACCUUUCUGUCACUGUCCGGGCCCCAUCUCGGAACGCUCUACAACUCCAGUGGACUGGUGAACAUGGGAAUGUGGUUUAUGCAGAAGUGGAAGAAGUCGGGCUCGCUGCUGCAGCUGUGCCUACGGGAUGCGGCCGAUCCGCGGUUGAGUUUCCUGUACCGGUUAAGCCAACGGAGCACGCUGCACCACUUCAAGAACGUGUUGCUGUGCGGUUCGUCGCAGGAUCGCUACGUACCACCGCACUCGGCCCGCCUCGAGCUCUGCAAGUCGGCCGUACGGGAUCAAUCCAAUCUUGGGAUCGUAUACCGAGAAAUGGUGCACAACAUUAUAGCACCGAUGCUGGCCCGCCAGGAUCUGACACUGGCCCGGUUCGAUGUACACCAUGCACUGCCGCAUACGGCCAAUGCGCUGAUCGGUCGAGCGGCUCACAUUGCCGUGCUGGAUUCGGAGCUGUUCAUCGAAAAGUUUCUGCUGGUGGCCGGUUUAAAGUAUUUUAGCUAGCCGCCGAAACCGACCGACCAUCAUCGCCAGUGCGCCAGGAGUGGUUAACCGGGCAAGUGUGGACAGUAAGCAUUGAAAUCAAAUAACGAAAUCAAACUAGAGUAGACAGGUGUAGAAACCCGGGACUAGCGCGCUCGGUCAAGGCGCGUGGCGUUCCAACACUUGAUCUGUAGUAGCAGACGAUAGGCUGUGUAGUGAUAACGAGCGGAGUACUUUCCAGGUCACUUUCUUUUUUUCUAAUUGUUAAUGUAACGUACUGCUCGAGUGAGUCUUACUCGCCGAGCACUAGAGGUAGGAGCAUGUUAGGAUAAGUGGAUAAGCGCUAAACGAAAUCAAUCAAAGCGGACGUCGUUGUGGUGUAGUGUGUUUUAAGUUCAGGGAGAAAGUUCGAUCUUGGACACCAAGGGGAUCCACGUUGGUGAGAGAGAGAGAGAGAGAGAGAGAGAGAGAGAGAGAGAGAGAGAGAGAGAGAGAGAGAGAGAGAGAGAGAGAGAGAGAGAGAGAGAGAGAGAGAGAGAAAGAUAAAGAGAAAGAAAGAUCGGUCACGAUCAUCUUCACUGCCAACGAUCGUUCAUUUUGGGCAUUUUGUGGUGGAUCGUUUUGUUCCCGAUCGGAACGCACUUUUGCUUAUUACUUGUUUGAUUACCAAUUUAGUGGUGUUUUGUAUCGGCCUUUUCUACUUCUCUCAUGCUUUCUAUGCCAAUUUUUAACUGUUUUUUCUUAAUUUUCCGUUGUUUUUUACACUCUACACGUGUUUCACUCUAAAUGGACCAGAUAGGCAGCGAUGCACAACGCGAAAGGCACAUAGAAGUAGCAGAAAUACAGAAGCCAUUAAAUAUAAAAUAAAAUUAGCAAAUCGCGAAAGGAAGCGAGAGGAAAAGGAAGAGCAUAAUAACGCAUAGAGCGUCAAAUCAAAUAAAAUCCAUAAAUCAAAACAAAAAAAAAACAAUGAAGUUACACAAGGACAAAGCGACGCAUCAAAUCUAUACGCAAGCACAUAGGCCCCAGACGGAAAGGCGUCGGUACACGGUUGAAUCAAAAUUGAGACUGAGACUAUUGCGUUGCAGGUACUACUACUACUACUAUUACUUCUACUGCUACUACUACUACCACUGGAGAUGUUGAAAUUGAUUUGAUAAUCCCUUUUUUUGUCACCAGGUUCGCCGGGUACGUUUUUACGUUUAGAUAGUACACGUACAUCGUAGUAGCCUAGAAUUGGAAUUUUCAAAAUCAAAUGUGCUCUUUCGAUAUACUCUUCUUAGAACAGACCUAAUGAAUGGAAUACAAAAUAAAUAUAAACACACACACACACACACACGCACAGCGACCGAUAACACGAUGGAAAUACGUUCACGGAACGGAAUGGAACAAGCAUGUGUACGAUUAGUGUGUUAGACAGAGAGAGGAAGCUGUGUGACGAAUGUUUGCGGUACUUUAAGUUAGUUGAAGUUCUCUCUAAUGGAAUAGAUAUAUACAUAUAUUUAUAUAAAUAUCACCGAGUACAGGGAUACAUCGAUUGGGCAGUGAGUGGCGCCAAAACCGGAAACCAAAAACAAGUAAAAGUGACAAGGUUAAUACAACGUUCGUUCGUUUGUUCGGUUAUAAGCUUUUAGCGUUUUUUUUAUCAAUUACCGAUCGUUGCACCGGGGAUCCCAUUUAACGGCAGCUGGUGACAGCAGUUCCCCUGCGGAUAGGGCUUAUUCGUUUCUCCCAGCACAGCAGAGCAGAGCAGAGCACGUUAAAUAGUACUUAAUCGGAUGAAAUAGUCAAUUACAAACCAACUCAACUUAACAAAUGAAUGAACUAUGAACUAACGCUAAUGGAAAUCGUUGUCCACGGGGGGGAAGGUGGAAUGUUUUUGUUUUAAACUGAAACACUACAAAUAAGAUGAUCCAUAAGAAGGACGAAACUUUAUGUUGUCUACUUGGAUGAAGGGCUGUUAGUGAAAGAUACGACCUACGAUCGGAUGACCGCCGCGAGCACGCAGCAAGUCCGGUCUCCUCGUGUGCAUGUGCAUCGCAUCGUGAAACCAACACCAAUUUCUUAAACACAAAAAACGAACAAAUAUUUCUACAGCCAACAGGUGGGAACAGGGAAGGAGUAAUGUUGAAAUGUUCCCUCAUUUUGUUUGUUCCCUAAAUAAAACGCCCAGUAACAACCAUAGAGCCACGCUUGUCAGCUGUGAACUACGAAUUGCAAACCUUGUAAGGAGCAGAAGAUAGGGAAUUGGAAUGCGCAACGCAACGGGAAAUGGGAAUGAGGAUCGUCGGCACAGAACACAGAACAGAAAUGAUAGAACCAUAGAGUAGUUAAACGGAGAGCGAACGACGGGAUCGGUCAAGGAGACGGAAGGAGACAGGCAACGUGAGCGGCCACUACCUUAUGUACACUACCAAAGACGGGAAGGUGGUCUGACCUUGUUUGAAUUGAGUCAGCCCACCAGCCAGCCAGCCAGCCAGCCAGCCAACCAUGAACACAGGGUUUCGAAUACACGGAAAUUGUUGAAUGCAAGCAUGUUGAAUUGAGCACUAAGCUAUGUUUAUCGAACGUUAUAGCGAUGCGUAAAGAAGCGAGCGAAGCGGCGGUAGGUGCAGAAGUAUGGAAUUGUUAAGCAACACUUGCCCAAGAGUCUCUAUUUUUCCACACUAUCUAUCUUACUUAUCUUUCCAACAUACUAUCCCUUGUGCGCUCUCUCUCUCUUUCCUUUUCGCUUUAUCGUGCCCCCUUUCUCCAUGGAGACAGGACGCGAUAAAAUGAGAUAGAACACGCAUUAUAACAGUUGAAGCAUUUUCUGAACUCAAGAAAUCUCGUGUUACGAUAGAGCAUCUCUCCCCUUACACUUCCUUAGCCACUUUCUCCGGAGUGCGUCGCUGAAAAAGGGACCUGCGAUCUCCAGGAAGUGGCAAACGGUUAUGCAGAGCUAGGAACGGAACGUAUAGAAUUGAAUGCAAUAAUUGAUGAUGAUUGAUGAUUUGAAGUGAAUGAUAUUCCGGUGAUAUGAUAUGCAUUGAAUUGGAGAGCUGAGACAAAGUAUGACAGAACAGGACGGAAGACAUUCACGAUGCGUCCUUCGGUGAUCGGUGUACGAAGGUCGGUGAUGUAAGGAUGAUCGUGAUUAGCAGAGGGAAGUGCUCCGCAUUUUAAGCAUUACAUAGAGAGGACAUAGAUAUAUGAAACCACAGCCCAAUAAUAGAGUCACCCCCUUCACCCACUCCAGUAAUCAAAUCAAACGUAAAGGAACAUUAUUGCCACGCAGCAAUGCCCCUUACCGGAAUGUUUAACCUAUAGCCACAUGAAAUACAAAACCGAAAGUCACUAACCGAUAAAUCAAAUAGCUGAUAGAGAUCGCGAAAGCGUGUGAAACGGGCGCAAAGAAUGAUCGCAGACGAUCGCAAAGUAACGCCAACGAAUGCAGCGCGUGUUAGGAAUUCUCUUUGGUGUGCGCAAUCCUUUUCUAAAAUACUUAACUCAAAAUGCCCAUCGAGCAAAUCGAACGCAUUUCGAACGAAUGGCGGAUUACAUUGAAUUGGGAGGGGACAGGGAAAACGAACGAACACCAAACCCGGGGUACACCCGGGGAUGUCACGGUUUUUGUCGGUUCAUUUUUACUUUUAACGAAACGCACAUCAUUUGACCGAACGCGGGGUGGCAGAAGGCAUAUGAAGAAUUGAAACAGGUUAGCAUAGUGCGGCUCGAUGGCGACUAGAUAUGAGGCCAAACAUUGCAAGCAUUUCUCGCGCGUCGUCAUGGUUUUUCUUUUCGUUUAAAAACGACGGUGUGCGGUAAAAUGGUAACAAAAAUUGUAUUGCAAAAGAUUUCAUGUGUCAUUACGGUAGUGCGCUGUGGUCACGGGGUGGACGAGCGAACAAAAAUAAAAAGACAUAC